CUGUGGGGCUUGUUCAGUGCAACAGUCUCUCUGCAUCUGCGCUACCCUCUGACUGCUCCACUCCGCGGUCUGUGAAGCUCUAAUCAUGGGACAGCAGGGGCAAGGAUGGCUGUUCUACGCGACCCUUCUUCUGUGGUGGGCAGUGUCUGUGCAUGGUCUGACCCGGGCAGAGUUCUUCCCGUUCGGCAAAACCACUGGAGACCACGUUCUGGAACAGGGGAAUGACCUGUCGCAACAACUAGCGCUGGAUAAACCAGUUUUAUUCUACGAUGGAAAGUUCGAUAACAUCUUUAUCAACACCAAUGGGUUCGUUGCCAUGGCACAGCCCAGUGCUGAGUCCACAUACCUUGGUAAGAUGCCCGCCGGGUUCGGCAUGAUCGCGGCCCUGCACGGCGACCUGGAUACUGGUGACGGCGUGGGUAAGGUGUACUACCGUCAGGAUGCUAGCCCAGCCACCCUGCGGCAGGCUGCAGAGCAGAUUAACAGGGCUUUUCCAGAGGACGAUGAGGUGGAGCCGGAACACGCGGUGGUCGUCACCUGGGUAGAUGUGGCUUCCAGGCAACACCAUGACCACAGCAGAGGAGACGGACUGGAGAAACAGAGGAAUAGCUUCCAGCUGGUGAUAGCGUCAGCUGAGACGACCUCCUAUGCCAUCCUGCUUUACCCCAGGAAGGGGAUGCAGUUUGCCUCCACAGCUGUAGGAGGCAGUAGUCAGGCCAUGCAGGCGGGCUUCAGUAAAGGGCUGGUCAAGUACCUGGUGUUCAGCACCCGACAGGGACCGUACUACCGCAUCACCACCGAGAGGGAGACCUCUGUCAGGGCGCUAGCAGAGGAGACCAACUCAGGUAAGCGAGGUGUGUGGGUGUACGAGAUUGGGACUUCCCCUUACUUCACCAGCGUGGCCCCAGGAGAGGUGACAGACCUGCCCCCAGACACAGGCCUGGAGUCAAGGGUCUCGGAGGAGGCUACCUCAAAGAGGUAUCCUGGAGGAGGGCAACAAGUGACGUAUUCUCCCUACGAACCAGAGGAGGAGGUGUAUCGCAAGGAGCAGCCUCACCAGGGACCUCACCACGGGGGCCAGUUCACAGUCCACACGGUCCAGUACCAGCCUCAGGUGGUGGUAGUAGAUGAUGGAGACAUCAACGUGGAUGUGUUCUCCUACAACUCUGAGACAUGUGCCAACAACAGAAAUAAGUGUUCCACCUUUGCCGACUGUAAAGAUUACGCCAGUGGUUACUGUUGUCACUGCCGGCCCGGCUACUAUGGCAACGGAAUACAGUGUGUGUCGGAGGGUAAGCCCCAGAGGAUGAACGGCAAGGUGAAUGGCAGGGUGUACGUGGGCAACUCUCCGUCUCCCGUCGAGUUCAACAGCAACGACCUGCACUCGUACGUGGUAGCCAAUGACGGGCGAGCAUACGUGGCCAUCAGCACCAUCCCUGCCAGGCUAGGCCCCUCCCUCCAGCCCCUGUCAGCCCUGGGAGCAGUCAUCGGAUGGGCCUUCGCCCUGGAGCAGCCUGGAUACAAGAACGGAUUCAGCAUCAUCGGUGGUGAGUUUACGUGUCAGGCUGAGGUGACCUUCCUACCAGCCCAGGAGAAGCUGACCAUCAAACAGGUGUUCAGUGGGAUAGAUGAGCAUGAUCACCUGGUGGUCAGUACCACUCUGGAGGGACGUGUCCCCGAAGUCCUCCGAGGAUCCACUGUCCAGAUAGAACCCUACUCUGAGAUCUACCAGUACAGCUCCAAUUUGAUCACGUCUUCCUCUACAAGGGACUACACUGUGAGUCUGGAUGACGGCUCUGCUGAGACCAGGACUUACCAGUGGAGACAGACCAUCACCUUCCAGAGCUGUCCAAAUGACGAGGCUGCAAGGGCCGUGCUGCCCACACAGAUGCUGAGUGUGGACCAGGUGUUUGUGAUGUACGACUCCAACAACGAGCUGAUCCGAUACGCCAUGAGCAACAAAAUCGGUGAUGUCAACGGAGGCCAGCAGAAAGAGGAGAAUGCUGUAUUUAAACUGUACUGGCUGUGUUUCUGUCCAUUCCUGUUUCAGGAGGCCAGAGGCCAGUGUGCUGCUGGCUUCACUGGAGACGGACGCUCUUGUUACGAUAUUGAUGAGUGUAGAGAGAUCCCUCUGGCCUGUGGAGAACACUCAGUCUGCAACAACCAGCCCGGAACCUUCCGCUGUGAGUGUAAUGAUGGAUACCAGUUCGCCAGUGACGGACACACCUGCAUAGGAGUGGACCGUCCAGUAGACCACUGCGCGGCCGGCAGCCAUGACUGUGACAUUACGGAGCGCGCUCACUGCAGCUACAGUGGAGGAUCCUCUUAUAUCUGCUCCUGUUUGCCUGGGUUUCAGGGACACGGACGGGUCUGCCAAGAUAUUGAUGAGUGCCAGUCUGCCAGGUGCCACCAGAACGCUGUGUGUUAUAACACCCAGGGGUCCUUUACCUGCCAGUGCAGGCCAGGUUACUAUGGUGACGGCUUCUACUGCUCCUCAGAGCGUACGAAGUCGCAGUGUGAGACCCACAGGGACCGUCUCCUAGGCUCUACAGAGUACGGGCCCCAGCCGGUGCCUGGUCAGUACGUGCCUACCUGUGACAGCCAGGGAGCCUACGAGGCCUCCCAGUGCCACGGUUCCAUCGGACAUUGUUGGUGUGUUGACCGUAACGGACUGGAGAUCCCAGGAACACGCACUGGGCCCGGCAGAGGCAGACCACUGUGUAUAGAACAAGGACCAACAGUUCGUCCCGCAGUAGGCCCUACUCCCAGGCCAGAUGUUUACCCUCUACCCCCCGGCACACACCUGCUCUUUGCUCAGAGUGGACGUAUCGAGUUUGUCCCGUUGGAGGGCUACAACAUGAAGAAGACAGAGGCAAGGACUGUCCUGCAUCUACCGGAGAAGGUGAUCAUCGGGGUGGCCUAUGACUGUGUGGAGAAGAUGGUGUACUGGACAGACAUCACAUCCCCCUCUAUCAGCAAGGCCAACCUGCAGGGAGGAGGAGCCAUCCCUGUCAUCAGAUCAGAUCUGGAGAGUCCAGAAGGGAUCGCUAUAGACCAUCUGGGUCGUACCCUGUUCUGGACAGAUUCUAUGAAGGACCGCAUCGAGGUGGCCUCUCUGGAUGGGACCAAGCGACGUGUCCUCAUCGACACAAACUUGGUCAACCCCCGAGCCAUCAUCGUUGACCCUGUCAAUGGCAACAUGUACUGGGCAGACUGGAACCGUGAUGCUCCUAAAAUCGAGACUUCUGCUAUGGAUGGGACCAACAGGAGAGUUCUGGUGAAGGAUGACCUGGGGCUACCUAACGGACUCACCUACGACCCGCAGAGCUCUCAGCUGUGCUGGGCCGAUGCAGGAACCCACAUGAUCGAGUGUAUGAACCCAGUGCAGGGAGACAGGAGGAAGGCCAUGGGGGCGAUCCAGUACCCAUUUGGAAUCACCUCCCAUGGGAAGAACAUCUACUACACUGACUGGAGGAGGGAUGCAGUGAUCAUGGUGGAUCGUCAAGCUGGGACGGAAACGGACGUGUUCCUGCCUCAGAAACAGACCAGGCUAUACGGAAUCACCACGGCAUACGCUCAGUGCCCCUCAGGUAAAAACUACUGUGCUGUGAACAACGGAGGAUGCACACAUCUAUGUUUGGCCACACCCAGAGGUCGCUCCUGUCUGUGUCCCAACAAUGCACUGGGCGUCAGCUGUGUGGAGAGCGAGGGGGGCAGGUUUUGAGGUGGAGAGAGAGGGGGGCAGGUAUUGAAGUGGAGAGG